CACUCAAACAAAAGAUAAUCAAAACCGCCCUAGAACAAGAGUCAUUUAGCUUCCUAGCUAGCUAUUAUUAAGUUGCUCCAAGCCCCAUGAACUGAUGAAUGAAUAAACCAUCCCAGAGUGUGUCAAAAAUAGAGAUGUCUCCUUUACCUAUCUUCAUAGCUGUCUUCUCCUUCUUUGCAUUAUCAGCCUGUAGUAGUAGUGCUACUACAGCGCCCGAAACGGCCGCCUCUUGCAGCACUCCCUUCCGCCUGUUCGUCCGCCAAAACUACAACAUCACCAACUGCAGGAAACUCGCCACCCUAGGAGCCGAAUUCGCCUGGGAGCUCAUCCCGGGAAACCGCUCCCAGUUCCAGGUCAUCUUUGGCGCAAGGCUCUCCGACGACGUGGCCUGGGUGGCUUGGGGAGUCAACCCAACUCGCCCUAAGAUGGUCGGGACCCGAGCCAUGAUUGGCGUCCGAGAUCUGGCCACCGGAUUGUUCAGGGUGGCACCGUACAAUGUGACUUGGCAGACAAGGAAGCGGUGCGGGCUGCAUCCCAACUGGGGGAUCGACGUGGAGUUUCGUAAUGCGUCGAUGGAGUACUUGAGCGGGAUUGAUUACUAUGCAAUGCGGGCCACGGUGGGGCUUCCCUCCGCUGCUGCCAUGGCCGGAUCGACAUACAACGUGUCGAGGCUGAACCACGUGUGGCAGGUCGGGUACAGUGCGGAAGGAAUGGAGCCCCGGAUCCAUCCCGUGUCGGACCUUCAGCACUUUGACAGCAAGGAGACCAUCGAUUUGAGGACGGGUGCCGUCCGCCUGCAGGCCGGUCGUCACCGCCGCUAUCUUAGAACGGUUCAUGGAAUUCUAAGCAUGAUAGGAUGGGGGACAAUUUUGCCAGUGGGAGCCAUCAUAGCUAGAUACUCGAAAUUCCCUGUUGAAGCCGGCUACCCUCGGUGGUUCUUGGCCCACAAGUCAUGUCAACUUGUUGGCUACGCAAUGGGCAUCGCCGGCUGGAUCCUCGGCAUCUUGCUCGGCAAUUCCUCGGUGCUGUACGCCAUGAAAGUCCACCGUCUCUACGCCAUCUUCAUCUUGGCUUUCGCUACUCUUCAAGUGACGGCGUUGUUUUUCAAACCGGGUAAAGGGGACGAGUACCGGAAGUACUGGAACCUGUACCACCAUUUUCUGGGCUACGGCCUGCUGUCCGUGAUCGUCAUCAACAACUUCAAAGGGAUUGCGAUCCUGAAACCCAACUACACAUGGAAAUGGGCGUAUAUCGGCAUUUUGGCAUGCCUCGCCGGCGUCGCUCUGGCCAUGGAGAUGUGGAGCUGGAUUAAGUUCAUGAAGAUGAAGAAGGAGAGUAAUGGUAUCAUACGGCCAAAUUAUCAAGUUCCUACUAGCAGCAGCACAUAUGGGAAAGCGCCCAGUACUGCCGGCGGGGAACAACUCGAGCACAAAUGA